GACAGCUAAGGACAUGUUACUCUGAAUUUCUCUCCGUGUGGACGUUGUAUGUUUGCACUCUGCGGAAGAAAGUUAUGUGUUUUCUGGACUGGAAUUAGUUAUCGAUCCGCAAAAAGAAAGCAUGUCUUCCCCUGGAGACUGGAGGGAUGAGUUUUCUACAGACGAGGACGUGCAACCACCGCCGCGACUGAAGAAGCGCACGGCGCAGGUGUCCUGUCUGCCCUUCAGCGUGGAGGCGCUCAUGUCGGACAGAAGACCGCAGAAUGGGAUGGACAGAGAAAAUGGAAAUAAGGCUUUGAAUGAUGAUCAGGCGAACAGGCCGGAUGAGUUUCCCCAACAGUUACUAUCAAUCAAAUCCGAGCCAUCGGAACAGGGGGACGGUGCGUCUUGGAUAUCCAGCCCCAUUAUGUCCACACCACCCCGACAUCUCAGUCCAGCAGUCUGCCCCUUGAGAAAGCACAAAACCAACCGCAAACCUCGUACUCCCUUCACCACCACGCAGCUCCUGGCCCUGGAGAGAAAGUUUCGGCAGAAGCAGUACCUGUCCAUCGCCGAGCGGGCCGAGUUCUCCUCCUCCCUGUCUCUGUCUGAGACCCAGGUCAAGAUCUGGUUCCAAAACCGACGAGCUAAGGCCAAGAGGCUUCAGGAGGCCGAGGUGGAGAAACUCAAAAUAGCAGCUGGCGUUGGUCCAAAGAGUGUGGUGCACCCAGGCUUCUCAUCCCUAAGUUUCCCCCUCAGCCUUAACCUGCAGGCUGGUUCAGCAGCGCUCUACGGACUAGGCUGCUCAUACAGCCGCAGCCCUGUUCUGCCUGCUGCACAUCUGGCCAUGUACGCCUCACAGGUCGGCUACAGCCUGUUCCACUUCUCCUGAGAGGAAGCACCAUUAUACAAAGUGCUGUGGCUGUGGAUUAGUGUAAAAAGGGCAGAGAGAGCGUAUCAUUUAGUCAUGCACCUUAUGGGAGACUUGUCUGCAAAGCAUCUGAGCUGCUUGAGCUGAAGUUUCUCGGUCAAGGAGAAUUUGUUAAUGUCCUUUUACUUUUUGAAAGAGACUCUGUGGAGGCACUCGGCCACAGCACCUAGCAGAUCUUCUUUGAUGUUUGUAAAUGCUGUUUCAGCAGGGGCCGCUAAUAAUGAACAGGAACACUGAUCAGGCCACAUGUAUCUGAUUACUGUCCUGAAUACCAGAUCCCAUAUAUUGUUGUGUUUUGACUUGUCUUCUCUGCUCCUUUUAUACUUCCUGGAUGACUAAUUUUUUUCACUUGUUAGCCUUGAAUAUGCUGGGUGGGUUUAUUUGUUACAUUCCUGUGAGAAAAAUAAGAAGCUACAGCUGGAGAAUGACAUUUUGGCCAGGUGAAGUGCAUGCUUGCAUGAAAGCCAAACUAUUCCCAAGUGGCACAUAUUUAUUUAUGAUAGCCCUUAGAUUCAUAUAUUUGAUGAAGCAUAUCUACAUUUUUAAAAGUUAUGAUUCUAUGUGUUUGGCAUUAAAUUAAAGCUUUCAGUUAACCCUCUAUUUUGUUCUCUUUGUGGCUUACGUACCUCAGUUACUGGGCGAGACAACACCAGCUUUGCUGGAACGUAUUUGUCUCGUGAUGCACAGCCUUAAGUGGGAGUUUCAGCUCUCGUAGUCUGGUGGUCCAUCUG